AUGUUGUCCCGACAGCUGGCACCCAAAAAAAAGAACCGGUGGCGGGAAAUAGCCAGCCCCGAUCCGAACCAUGCCAGCUUCGCCCGUUUCCGUGCCCGCGCUAUUCGCUACCCAUUGGGAACGAAGCGAGAAGCCUUGCCGCCCCCCCCCUCCCCUCCCCGCGGUUCUCAGCCAUACCCCACGCUUUGUAGAGGAGUUCUAAGCGAUGCUCACACUAUAGGCCAAGACUUGGGCCACGAUGCGCAGACGCGCAGGUGUUCGACUUGGAUGCAAAGUACGCACGAACGAAGCGGGGGUCCGCGCAUUCAGCCGUCGUCGUGCCUUUCCUUACCUUGCACGCCUAUGGACUACUUUGAAUCCGCCCAGUUUGACAGCGAUGCCAAAAAUCUCAUGGACCGACUUCACGUGCCCGGCCUGUCCGUCGCCGUCGUCCACGGCAACAAGACGGCAUCCAAAUCGUACGGCAUAAUCUCCGUCGCUUCGUCCAAGCCCUGCACCGGCACCUCGCUCUUUGACAUUGCCUCGUCCUCCAAGAUCCUGACGGCCCUCUCCAUCGGCCUGCUCGUCGAGGACCGCAGCCACCCCGGCGUCACCUUUGACACGCCCGUCGCCGACAUCCUGCCCGACGACUUUGUUCUGUCCGAGCCCGCGUAUACCAAGCAAGUCACCAUCGAUGACAUGCUCGGCCACAGGACCGGUCUGCCCAGCCAUGAUCACUCCUACUUCGGCGUCAACGCCGAGCAGCCAGACGACGCCCUCUCCGUCACGCGUAAUUUGCGUCAUCUCCAGCUCUGCGCGCCCAUCCGCAGUCGGUAUAUUUACAACAACAUCAUGUACACCGUCGCCACGCACCUCGUCGAAAAGGAAACCGGCCUGUCCUUUUCCGAUUUCCUCGACGUGCACAUCUUUGCGCCCCUCGGCAUGUCCGCCUCCAGCCUCCAGCCCUCCCGGAGCCGCCGGCGUGGCUUAGGAGCGCACAUCUCGUCCGGCCACAUGUGGGACGCCUCCAAGCACCGGUACCACGUGUUCCCGGCCCUCGAGUGUCCCGAGGGCCAAGGCGCGGGAUCCAUCAUCACCAGCGCCACGGACUACCUCCAGCUCGUCCAAGCGCUGCUGCGCCAGCAAGCACCCAUAUCAGAGGCCGUGUACGCCGGGCUGACCAAAAUCCGCUCUCUGCCUAACCCGGGUUCCGUUAACACUCAGCCGCUGUCAUCGCCGCGGUUCUACUGCGCCGGCCUCAUGACCGAGUACUACCGCGGCCACGCCAUCAUCGGUCACAAUGGCGGCGUGCCCGGCUUUGGCAGCCGCUUCUUCUUCGUGCCGAGCCUGCAACUAGGCGCAGUGCUGCUUGGCAACGCCAUCGAGGCUGCCACCGUCGCCGUCCACCUGCAAAAGGGUCUCAUUGAUAGCAUCCUGGGACUGGUGGACGGUCAGGAAGCACUCAAGGACGCGGAAACAGUCAGUCGAGAUCCCGAAUCAUCAGAUUCCGAGCCAGGAGAGGCAGCCCCGCAAAAGAUGCCGUUGACAGCCUACACCGGCCACUAUUGGAACCCGGGAUACCGUGGCUUCCACAUCCAAAUACGGGAUGAACAACUCUUCAUCGAUGCACGCGACCGGUCGUUUGCGUCGACUUUGACGCUCCGCCAUGUCUCCGAGCAGACCAAUUUCCUCGCCUACGCGCAGGCGGCAGACAACAUGGGCGGCAUGCCUGUGCUUGAUGAGCCAUUGCGGGCCGAGUUUGUCUUUGACAAUGACAAGGCUGUCAAGUUCGGAUUGCUUUUAGAUCCAGACUUAGAUCUCAUUUGGUUCGACAGGAUCCAUGCGGAAGCCACACCGUAUGUUUUUGUGUAG